ACGCGCAGGUGGGACAAAGGGGGGGAUAUUUACCUGCCCGUCACGUGACGAGCGUUUUUUACGGUAAAAAACAACUCAAACCGCGCCUAUGGCGAACGUUGAUUGUUGCUCCUGUUCGUAACGGACGUGUUUAUAAAACAUACCUUUUGUUUAAGAAAUCGUUACGUUCAUUUGUUUUUUAUGCAAAAAGUUCCGUAUGUGAUCGCCGACAUACAGGGUGUUCUCUACAAGGGCGCGUCGCGAACGCUGUGUGACCCAUAAUGGUGAAAUUUAAAAGUUUAUAUCUGCUACUGUUUACAAUAACGCGAGUGAAUCUGCAAACGUUGCCCUAUUAUUGGGGACCACCCUCGACGGAACGCAACUACGAUGCACCUUUUAAUCCCAAUGUCAUCGAGCAUCCAGGGGGAAUAAUCAGCAAUGACCGGUUUGUUUUCAAAAAGGACAGCAGUAAACCCUACCUCGUACGUAACGAUAUUUUGGUAGAAAAAGACGGUGAAUUGGUUAUAGAGGCUGGUGUGAAAAUUAUUUUCGAACCUCAGAUCGGCAUAACAGUCCGAGGAAUCCUCAACGCGGUGGGCACCGAAGAUAACAGAAUCGUGCUAACAAGUAAUGCCGACACAUCCACGGUAAAUCGAGAAUAUCCCAAAAUUCGUUUGGUAGACGGACCUAGUAUAUUGGCAGGACGAGUGCAACUUUUUCACAAAGAAAAGUGGAGAAGUGUAUGUACAAACUCUCGAAAUUGGACAGUUGCCGAUAUGCAAACGGCCUGCCGUGAACUGGGAUUUCAAGGCGGAAGCUUCUUCAACUGGCUCAACAGGGAAAUGCCAGUGCAACCUCGCUUACUGUACGAAGAACCGCGCUGCGUAGGUACUGAGCAAUCUCUAAGGGACUGUCAGUGGUCAUCUCGGCAGCUGGGAUCGGGUGUGUGCGACUAUCAUCCGGAUCUUGCAAUCGAAUGCUUGUCAAGAUAUGAUACGCCAGUGAAAUACUGGAGGGGAAUACGUUUCGAAAAUGCUCAAAACGAAAAAUUGCUCGAAACUCAAAAUACGCUUUACAUUCCAAGCUCACUAUCCGAACUGAAAUAUGUGAUUGUAAAGUACGCGGGAGUUGGGCGCGAUUAUAACGCCACAAGUGCCAUACAUAUACAAGGUGUGCCGCCUAUAAUGGGCAAUUUGGAGGUGAUCAAUUCUGCUUACAAUGGUAUUAAUAUAACACUGCCUGAUGCACCUGUAAGAAUUACCAAUUGCACAUUAAGACGUAAUCGCGGAUAUGGUGUAUUCAUUAACUCCAGUUAUGGCUUAGCUCACAUAGAUGGAUGCAUGAUCACCGAUAAUGGUGGUGAUGGUGUUCGAUAUUUUCAUAACGAAGCCCGUCCAAAUGAAAAACGCGAUAUUUCAGAAAUAUCAGACUUUUGUACUUUGGCAAUCACGUCUUCUCAGACGUAUCCAAUCGAAAUAUACGCAGACCAAUCACUCUUUUACGGUACUGAUAAGUAUUGUUCUAAGUAUUUUACGACGCGUUAUGGACAGGUCUUAACACUGGACAUAUUGAGAUCCGAGACUGACAGAAAUAACAGUGCCACCAUCGAACUUUAUGACGGUUCUUCUGUCAACAAUCGUCUUCUUACUUCUUUCCCCAUACGCAAUAAUACACGGCCUGAAUCCGUGACGACCACCAGUAAUCAAAUUUACAUAGUCUUUAAAGCGGAACCGCGCACCAAUUUGGUAGUCUACAUGAGGCUCACCUCUGGAUUGCAUCGAACAUACGAGUUAAAUGUUAGUAGAUCAGAUGUUUCAAGAAAUUCGGGGAGAGGCAUUGCUAUAGAUAAUUUACGUUCCCAGCUACACGUGCACAAAACUUCGGUUUCUAAAAAUGAUCAUGUGGCCGGCGUUCAUGUUACAAGCGGCGUGGGUCACAUUAACAUUACUAACAGCAAAAUUUCAUUCAACAAAGGGGACGGGAUUAAUAUCACAUACACUGGUGGAAACAGAAACAUCUCACAAUCAUCCAUUAGCUCUAAUCUAGGAUACGGUCUAGCAAUCUGGCUAAAUGACACAGCUGAAACUGAGUACCACUUCAUAAAGCAAAUGACUGUGGUGGAGUAUUCAGAAAUCAUUAAAAACGCAGACAUUGGAGUUUUACACGGCAACUUUUGUGGGCCAUCCUUCAUCAACAUCACAGGGAAUAAGUUUGAGAACUCUCUGGAUACCGCCCUAGAAGUCCUAUCAUGCUGGCUAGCAGUAAAUAUUUCAACGAACCUAGAAAUUGGGCACAAUACAUUUUUAGGUAGUGAAAAAGUAUCGAUCAAAAUCAUACCGGUCUUAAAUUUAGUCGCCCACGUUCAAUACAAUUGGUUCAAGUAUGGAGCGUAUGGCGCGAUUGCAAUAAAGAAUCAACUAUUGGAAGAGUUUAACUUGCUUCCCGCUCACAUACUCGUGGAACAGAAUUACUUCUUCGAAAACAAGGGCUACUUCGUGGUGAGUCUUGGACUCUCACCUUACGCCGACAAACAGUCGCUAAUGUUCACUAGAAACUUUGUCAAAUUUAACAAUAUCACCGAACCUUUUCAAUCGGAGGACGGUUCGGCGUCAAAACUCAACCCGCGCAGUCGCGUCGCGGCCGCAAUCGUGAUCGGUUCCAGUAACAUUUUGGUCUACAGAAAUAUAAUUGAAAACCCCUCCUCUAGGUACGAAAUUGGAAGUCACUUCGAGGAUCAAAGUAAGAUACUGAACUGUUCGUAUAAUUGGCUCGGAUUUAGUGAAGAGGAGAAGAUCUUCCAUCGAAUUUUUGAUCGGACCGAUCGAUAUAAUUUAGCUAAAGUUGUGUUUGUACCGUACCUCUUGCACAACUCAAAUCCAUCAACGACACGGUUUAAUUACCUACCUCUGUAUGUGCCGAUAUUUCGUAGGCAGCAUUCAAAUGUUGUGGGAGGAGAGGUGGAGGGCGAAGAAACUUUAGCACCUGGCGAGUAUGUGGUUGAGAAGGAUAUUAAUAUCAGGCCUGGUGGGAAGUUGACCUUAGAACCUGGUGUGACGUUACGUUUUCCGGCGUCUGUGGGAAUUAUGGUUGGUGGACGUUUGGAAGCUCACGGCAUCGGACCGGAUAGUAUCAAAUUUACAAUGAAAGAAGAGAUCAAACACCCCAUAGAUGAGGAGACUUACGAGACGGAUAUCGAGAAAGUUAAUGAACAAACUGAGGUUGCAACCGAAUCAUUAACCGUCCCAAUACGGUUACUAGGAGAAAAGGCUCCCACCGAAGGUCGUCUUCAAGUAAACAUUAACAAUAGGUGGGGUACAGUAUGUAAUUAUGGGUGGACUAUCGAAAAUGCCGCCCUUGUUUGCAAUCAAUUGGGUUUUGUUUUAAACCGUGAUGAUUGGAACAUGCAAAGAAAUGAGAUUCCAUCCGCUGGUAUCUCUGAGGAGGUCAUUUUGAGUAAUGUGAAGUGUACCAUGUUUGAUACCGAUAUAUCAAAUUGCAAAGCAGAAAGUGUAGAUGAUUUUGAGUAUUCAUGCUCCCAUGAGAAUGAUGUGGGUGUGCGAUGCUACGAGAGCUCUUGGGCUGGUAUGCGUUUUAGUGUCUUGGCAGAGAGAUCUAACUUACAGUAUAUCACGAUAGAAAAGGCUGGUUUAUUAGAUUAUACGACCAAUUAUUUUAAGCCCGCCUUACAAAUCGAUUUUGCUCAUCAUAACUUUGAGAGCAUCAAAGUAGUUGACAACCUUUACGAUGGCUUGGGCGUACUGUAUUCUGACAUUUACACUUCCGACAGCGUAAAUAUUGUGAAAAAUUCGGAAUUUUCACGCAAUAAGGGCGCUGGGAUUAGCUUUAAACAACUUGGUCUAAAAGUACAGGGAAGUACAAUUGAAAACAACGAGUUUGGUAUUAGGCACAAUCCAGCACUUACCAAUCUACAACAACGAGAAUUAGCCGGUUGGUUUAGCAUAACUGACGCAGACAUAUACUACAAACCAUUUUGGAUUCCUCUGGAUAAGGGGAAUGACAUUAUCGUUAAUGAACGAACGACCAAGUAUCUUGUAACAUCAAGAGUUAUUAACGAAGAUAUUACACGAUCAUACAAAAUCAGUUGCCCUCCCGGUUACGUACUCGGAAUACAACUGCUGAAUCCCAUCGAAAAUCGAAGCACAGAGUCAAUUCUCAUUCAUAAUAGCAUUACGUACAACGGCAUCUCUGACAUCUGGAAUGUUACGCGCGACUUAACAGUUUUUCCAACCACAUCAACAACUCACGGAAUUAUUCUUGACUACACCAGCGGCCCGUACGCAACGGGCGGGACAGUAUUUGUGAUAAGUGCAAUUAAUGCACCCGUUCAAAAUAUACACAACAAAAUCGUAAAAGGACCCAUUCCAACUUUGUCAGUUUCCAAUUCGAAAAUUCGCAGUAACAAGUACGGCGUUCACGCUUCAUUUUACAAUCGAUAUCUAAACGAACUCGGGGAACACUUCCUCCGCAAAGCAAACGAGUCCAUGAAGUUUCUCCACUGCGAAAUCUCCCACAAUAAACUUGAAGCAAUAUACAUUCACUCCCCACACUGGGAUCUGCAUCAAAGCAACAUUUCAGAAGUGACAAUAAUGUUGAACAACACACUCAUAACAGACAACGGACAUGGUAUAUACCAUUUCUCUCGAGACAUGCGCUUCUCCAACAAUCUCUUCCACUACAUAUUGCAAGAUGACACUAUUGAGCGCAAUGGCAAAAAUGGUUUCGCCAUCAACCUACCUUACGUAUGGCAAUACAAUGAAAACUUUACUCAUUCCGUUUAUAUGCACAAUAACACUUGGAGGAACAAUAAAGACUUCGCUAUUGUUAUUGAUGGACAUUUUGCCAUAGUGAACAUAACUAAAAAUGUUUUCGUGGAAAAUAGUUGCAAAAACAGCUUGUUGGCCUUCAAAGGAAUGGAGAAGAAAUUGUUGAUCAAUUUCAAUAAGAUUGAAAAUAAUAAUGGUAGAACAAUGGUGGAAUUCAGCUCUAACAGCCAGUCCGAAAUUCUUGGAACCGUACCCGCUCGAUUUGUAUACAAUGAAUUGAAACGCAACCGUCAUAUCGCGACACUAAGAAACUUUGGAGUGCUCCAGGUAUACUCUGAGCCGACAUGCGUGAUAGGCUUCAAUGGAAUUCAAAAAAUCAAUAUAAAUCGAAAUCUAAUUGUCGACAACAACUUGGACUAUCAACUCAUCGCCGGAAUAAAAACCGCAAAAAUUGACAAUUAUCUCGAUGCGAAAGAAAAUUGGUGGGGCACAAUUGAAGAGCGAGAAAUCGAGAAAGCCAUUUUCGAUUUCGACGAUUGGAAUAAUCACGCGAUUGCACAAUUUCGUCCAUUUCUCCUGCACGAUUCGUUCGAAGCAAGUCACUCGGUGUCGUUCGAAACUGAAAAGGUGGUCGACUUAGACAAUCUCGGGGGACGGCUCUAUGAAGAUUUGAUUAUUCCCAUGCGCGAGGAAGCGUAUGUCGUUAAAUCCGAUAUUACAGUUAUGACGAAAGCGACACUGAUCAUUCAGCCUGGGGUGGUUAUGGAGUUCGGUCCGAAUAUUGGCAUUUUGGUUUUGGGCGUGCUGAAAGCUGAAGGAAUGAAGGGCUAUGAAAUAACGUUCAAACCUCUUACAAAACCCGCACAUAUCGAUGAAUAUCGAGGAAGUAAACGGGUCAGAAGGCAACUGGAAAAUUUUGUUGCGCAAGAUACAAUUCGUUUGUGCAAAGGGAGACAAUGUCAGGAAGGGCGGGAGGAAUUGCCAAAUGAAGGGUUUUUAGAGUACUUUAAUAAGACGACGCUUCAGUGGAUACCGAUGUGUGACCCACGGUUUACCGAGCGAAAUGCGCAAGUGGUAUGCCGCGAAUUGGGUUUUGAUUGGCUUACAGCUUAUUUCUCAUUCGACAUUAGAAUCGAGUUUCACAGCAAUUCGUUGUCAAGAAUAUGGUCGUGGCCGGAACCUUUAGAAUGUAAAGGAACGGAAAUGAAUUACGAGGAAUGUCCUAUACGUUUAAAUGGGCAACAGUUUGGUCACAGACACGAGUGCAAAUGGAACGAUAAGUUCGUUUUUAUACACUGCGGUAAGCAUGUUUCCCAAGUGGAUUAUUGGGGUGGAAUACGUUUUGCCGACGCGCAGUUUGAGCAACAUUUUUAUGAGCACAGAAUUCACGAUAUACACACUCAUGAUACUGUAAAAACCACUGAAUCGAUUUUAGAGUUCGUGAACGUUGUGGGCGCAGGUAUUUUGCAUAAUGAGAAGUCACCAGCAGUGCAAAGUGUUAUUAAAAGCCCGAAGAUAAACUAUGUCAAUGUGAAAGCCGCUGCUUCACAUGGAAUUAACCUGAUAUCGCCCACUAACACCAUUAAUUUACUAGGAAAUAAUGUGGAAGACACUUUGGGGGUAGGUCUGAAUAUCUUGUCUCUGACGGGCGAAGGACGCGAAUCAACUGAGUCGAGCUUCACGCCUUUGAAAGGUUUGCAAAUUCCAUACCAUCUAUUCAGUCUUAUUGACGUGUGCGACACAACGAAAGUGGUUAAUGUGGAGGAACGCGUCUUGAUUUAUUACAAGUACGAUAACCAUCCGGUCAGUUGCGUGAAAAUCUUUAGGAGCUCCUACAAUGUUAAACCCUUCGGAUUCCGCCUUUUACAGUUCAAUUUAUUUAACACAUCUGAUGACUACGGGAUUCCCGAUUUUAUAUCCUUACACGAUGGUGAUAUUUACAACGUUUCUUCGAAAGUUAUUGCCCACAUUACCAUGGAUUCGGAGGAUUUCAACGGAUUGUACAGAACUAAAGAGCCUAGUCUAAGUAUUAAACUGUUUGCGAAAGGAGCUUCAUCUAGCCACGGUUUCAUCGCUGAAGUUGUCACUCUUCCUAUUUCAGCCAUAGGCUUUAAUCGGGAUGUGCAGCACAACAUUUCAUUUUCAGUAAUAAAUAGGAAUCGAGAGGGAGGUUUGUUGUAUAUGUCGGCAGGAGAGGUAAAUCCAAUCGUUACAAUUGAAAAGAAUCAAUUUACCAACAAUUGUGAAAAGCUAUAUGGCAAUUUUUCAACUUGUACUGCUGCUAUUGAGAUGGAUAUACAAAACACUCAAAGUGUCUUCUUCAGGAACAAUUUAGUCCAAAGCAAUCAAGGUGGAUUAUCGAUCAAAUCGGAUUCGCGUGGUUCCGCAACUUCCCUGAAAGGCUGGAUACACAACAACCUCUUUGUGAACAAUACAAAUUAUCCCGCCAUGUACGUUGAGGGACGAAAAUCGUCUCCCUACCAAGAAGUAACAAUCUAUCGCAACUACUUCACUCGGAACGUGGCAGUUUAUGAGAAUAAUAUUGUUCUCAAACAAGUGGUUUCCAAUUUUAGCUUUAAUUACAUUAAACGAAAUAUUGGAUUACAAAAUUUGGAAGUGUCCGGUUUUGAUAAGGUCAGAUUGCCCAUUUACCAAACGACCACGCAUAACGGAUUUUAUAACAAUUAUGCCGUACAUACAGACAGUAGAUCUACCAUUGUCGCUGGUACUGCAGGUCAGCAUUAUGUCGACAACAUUUUCUUCAACCCAGACAACGAUUAUGAAAUGAUUACAGUGAACAGAUCUUUGUUUAAUUUUAGCAGCACAUUAGAAGUAUGGAAAACCAAAAUCGAUGCAGCACACAACUACUGGGGAGUAAACACAACGUUAGCUGUGCGGGGAAGGAUAAGGGAUCAAACUGAUGAUGCUCGACUACUUGAAGUUGUACAUUCGCCAUAUUACAUGAACAAUCAAAGUAUUUUGAAUGGGAAGUGUCCUCCAGGAUGGGAUUUGGUAGGAAAUACGUGUUACAUGUUUAUUGGCGCCCCCAUGUCGUUUUUCGAGGCGAAUAAAUUUUGUCGAGAUGACAAUGCCUCAAUACCCUACCUAGUUGGAACAACGAACUACUUAGAUCUGUACGAUUUCUUAAAGAAGCAACAGCAAUGGUACUUAUUUUCUGAUCGUAUCUGGGUGCAACACAUAGAUAAAAUAAAUCAGUGCACGAUGUUUGCCUAUCAAACUGUGGAAAUUGAAGACUGUUAUCUGCGGUUACCUUUUAUUUGCGAGAUAGAUCCAAAAGUAACAAUCAAUCCCCUCACAUGGCACGGUGAUACUAUAUCAAUAGCUGUAAUUGGAUGCCUUGCGGUCGCUCUUUGUUUAAUAAUAUUCGUCAUAGCAUGCUGGUGGUCAAAAUCAAAGUACCGACAUGCGCAACGGCUUCAAAGACGUAACAGCAUCAGACAAAGCUUGCACUCUGUGCGGUCCCUUGGAUCUAUCCAGGGAGGCUUUUCCGAUUUUGGAUAUCGACGUGGAAAGCCAUCACAAAUGAGCACUCGUUCUACUGACACCUUAACCAAAAAUUCGGACUAUAAAAAAAUGGACAACGGAUCAAUUGACAGCAUGGAGAAGUCGACUUGUAAUUCUUCAAUAGAAGAUAACCAAUCUUACGACAUUUACGAAACUCACAAUCCCCCGGCGCCGCCUGAAUUGGUGUACAACCCAACAAUCGAGUUCCACAAAUCUCCUACACGAUAUGGAACUCAAACACCAACAUCUGGCGAGUACUUGGCAUUCAAAAAUGAGGGCUUUCGAGAUAAUUCGACUUUUGGAAGCGCAAACACUUCGAACCAUCAGUCGCGUGCAGACAGUGUUCAGUUAAUUUCUGAUGACACCCCUGAAAGUCAAGAUGAUAGCAAGUACAUGCCGUACGACUAUUACAACACCGACACUCUACCACUCGGCGGAAAAAUGGAUUUAAAGAAAUCGGAUUCCACAUUAGAUUCCGAUUAUAAGGAAUACGGUAGUGCCUACGCUCCAAAUAAGCCAAAUAUGAGUUUCUUGAAGGAACUCAAAUCGAAAGUUCCCAACACCAAUGGUUACGUGACAAAACGAGAUUUGCCGCCCCCUCCAGAUCCACCCAGUUCCGACGAAGCACCCGUUUAUAACACUCACGGCGUAGCAAAAACUACAGAUGAAAACAUUUUAAAGCCUAGAGCCGAAAAAUCAAAAAGCGAAAUAUUUUUAGAAACAAACUUUGACUACGUCGAAGGCGAAGAAGAACCAUUUAUGUCGCCCAGUAUUUCGGAAUCGAGACGUAGCCAAAGCCAGCCAUUAGAAACCGCGAUGUAGAUUAUUUAUGAACUGACAUCUUAACUCAGGUGUGAUAUUAGUAUGUAGUUUCUGGACAAUUGAACGCGAAUAUUUUCUUUUGUAUAUAAAAAAAAUGUUAAAUUUAAAUACUUAUAGGGAAAAAUUGACUGCGCUGUCAUGACUGCCUUAGGUAGGUACAUUACACAUUCCAUCCAAAAAGGUGCAAUUUGUAUAUAAAUUUUAUAUAAGAUAUAUUACACUGUUUAAUAAUAAUAA